UCCUUCUAUCAUCCCCUGUGAUUACAACGGAUGCCGAAAUGCCACGAAUCACUCAAGGUUCAGAAGCUCUCCUUGUACAAGUCUCAUUUGCCAUUGAUGAUUGUCCUGCCGCUUCAUUUACCAAGCCAUUGACCACGUCUCUCGCCUUCGUCCCUCGACUUUGGGGCUGUGCCGGCGAAGAAAGCGUAGGUAAUCCAUCUCACCUAAACAUCACGCAGUUUUGA